CGCCCGGGCCCGCCGGAACGCUUCUUCUCGGGGAGCGAGUUCCGCGGGGAGUGGUUCUGGUGGCGCACCGGGGCGGCACAAUGGCGGCGCCCAGCGCCCGCUGCCUGUGGCGAGCGCUGUCCCCGCGGUGCGGCUGGAUCCUCCCCGGGCUGGAGCAGCGACUCGUCCCCGCCGUGGUGAGCCCCGUGACUUCCCGGCCCUACGCGGCGGCUACAGCCAAAGCUGCCAAAAAGGAUGCCAAGAGGGGCAGGCAGGAGAAGGAGAAGGUGAAGGAGAAGAUGAAGGAGAAGCCCCUCCCUCGGAGGCGGCCACUGUUGAGCAAGCCCGUGGACGACGUGUACCUGACAUGGCUCUACAGGAGACCCUCCUAUGAGCUGGAGCAGGCCGUGGCCAUGCUCAAGAGGUUCCAGGAGCUGGACUUCACCCACCCCAAGCAGUUUGUGUACAUCAACGUGUUCCUGGACAUGGCGCUGCCCAAGAAGAAAAAAGUGGAGCCUUUUUCCAGUGGUGUCUCUCUUCCCCAUCGCUUUACGGAUGAGGUGAACAAGGUUUUGGUGUUCACAGAGAAUGAGCAAGAAGCUGAGGUAGCUCGGGAGCAUGGGGCUGCCAUCGUGGGAGGAGUUGAAUUAAUCAAAUGGAUCCUGGAGGAUGAAAUCCAGGCUGAUUUCUACGUGGCUGUCCCUGCCAUAAUACCCAAGUUAAUCCCCCUGAGGAACAAACUGAAGAAGAAGUACCCCAGCACCAGGAAAAAUUCCCUGGGCAGUGACAUUGCCAAAAUGGUGCAGUUCUUCAGAGAAUGCCACCAGUAUACAGUACAGGAUGAGAGUGUCAUCAAGACAAGAAUAGCCAGACUGGAUAUGCCCACUGAGCACAUAAUUGCCAACCUGAAAACAAUUAUCCACGAUAUCUGCACCUUCAAGCCGUCCAAUUUGGAUCCCAUUGUGCAGAGGUUGGUUAUCAGAUCCUCCACCAGCGAAGGUCUGCAGCUGAACCUUGAUGGAAUCCUACCUCAGGUGGAGAAAGUAGAGGAAAAAGAGGAAGAAAAUGCAGGUGAUGAGGAUCAACAAAAACCUGCCCAAGAAUCUGUUAGUACCUGAUGUCUUUUCCUUGUGGACCUGGUGGCCGAGCUCGGGAAGUGAACGGUGUCGUUCAAAUCAUGCUCUGUGAGAACAAAAAAUAAAUGCAACUUGUGGAUUUCACAUCGAAA